UCUGGCAAUACGUCUAUGUGGGGAGACGGGUGGUUUGAACCGGAAGCGGAAGUCAGGAGGCUGUCGGGACAGCCCGUUUUGUGUUUAUUUUGAGUGAAAGGGGGGGGAUUUUUGCGACGAUUAUUAUUUUUUUAUUGGUUAUUCUUUACCUGCUAAUAGCCUUACUUCAUCAUUCUUACUCUUUAUCCGAAGAAGGAAGAGGCGGCCGUGCGUGUUUCCUGCGAUGGACAGCGAGGUGUCGGAUCUGGACCAGGCCCCCGGGGCCGAGAGCAGCAUGGAGGGCGACAAUGGGGAGAACGGAGAGAACGCGCCGGUUUACUGCAUCUGCCGCAAGCCCGACAUCAACUGUUUCAUGAUCGGCUGCGACCGCUGUAACGAGUGGUUCCAUGGCAACUGCAUCAACGUGACGGAGAAGAUGGCCAAGGCGAUCCGGGAGUGGUACUGCGGGAAGUGCCGGGAGAAGGACUCCUCCCUGGAGAUCAAGUACCGGCUCAAGAAGAGCCGGGAGAAGGAGGCAGAGCUGGACCGGUUGGAGAAGCAGCGCGGCACUCCGGACUUCAAGACUGACCGGCGGCGGGGGUCAAGGAUCAAGCGCUCGGCCCGGAUGUGUGGGGAGUGCGAGCCGUGCCGGAGGACAGAGGACUGUGCCCAGUGUGACUUCUGCAAGGACAUGAAGAAGUUCGGGGGCCCCAACAAGAUCAGGCAGAAGUGCCGCCUGCGGCAGUGCGAGGUCCGGGCCAGGGUGAGUCUCUUCCAGGAAGGCUGCCGGGCACGAGUGAAGGUCAGUUCCACGCUGGGAAACAGACUGGAGGGACAGAGGGAUUCAGCUGUAGAGCUUUCUUCAGGAGUGAGGGAGAGAGACAGGGAGUGGCUGAGUGACGAAGACGACGGGCCCUUCCUCGACCCCGUGCUGCGCAAGAGGGCCGUCAAGGUGAAGCAUGUGAAGAGGAGGGAGAAGAAGUCGGAGAAGAAGAAGGAGGAGUACAAGUCCCGGCGCCACAAGCAGAAGCAGAAGCACAAGGACCGGGUGAAGCACAGCGAGCGGGCCGAGUCCCGCGAUGUGGGCGGCCUGCGGCAGUGCCUGGGGCCCGGCUGCGUGGAGGCCUCGCGCCCCAACUCCAAGUACUGCUCCGAGGACUGCGGCAUGAAGCUGGCGGCCAACCGGAUCUACGAGAUCCUGCCGCAGAGGAUCCAGCAGUGGCAGCAGAGCCCCUGCAUCGCGGAGGAGCAGGGCAAGAAGCUGCUGGAGCGGAUCCGCCGGGAGCAGCAGCAGGCCCGGCUCCGCCUGCAGGAGAUGGAGCGCCGCUUCCACGAGCUGGAGAGCAUCAUCGUCAAGGCCAAGCAGCAGGUCGUGCAGCAGGACGAGGAGGUGAAUGAGGGCGACAGCGACGACACAGACCUGCAGAUCUUCUGUGUGUCCUGCAGUCACCCCAUCAACCCCAAGGUGGCGCUCAGGCACAUGGAAAGGUGCUAUGCCAAGUACGAGAGCCAGACUUCCUUCGGCUCCAUGUACCCCACGCGCAUCGAAGGGGCCACCCGGCUCUUCUGCGAUGUGUACAACCCCCAGAGUAAGACCUACUGCAAGAGGCUGCAGGUGCUGUGUCCAGAGCAUUCCAGAGACCCCAAGGUGCCCGCGGACGAGGUGUGUGGGUGCCCGCUGGUGAGGGACGUCUUCGACCCCACGGGGGACUUCUGCAGGGUGGCCAAGCGCAAGUGUAACAAGCACUACUGCUGGGAGAAGCUGCGCAGGGCCGAGGUGGACCUGGAGCGAGUCAGGGUGUGGUACAAGCUGGACGAGCUGUUUGAGCAGGAGCGCAAUGUGAGGACGGCCAUGACCAACCGGGCCGGCCUGCUGGCCCUCAUGCUGCACCAGACCAUCCAGCACGACCCGCUGACCACUGACCUGAGGAGCAGCAAGGACCGCUGACGCAGGAGGUCAGAGGAGAAUUCCUGGUUGAAGAUCCACAGCACAGCUGGGAGAAGAGGAGGGAUGCUCCUGAUUAAUCACACUUGUACACAGAGCCGCAGCAUUGAAAUGGUCCAUAUUGAAAUUUCUCAUCGACAUGCAUUACCUUUCAGUUUUUGUAAUCUGUUUUCUUCAUGUCUACCCCCCCUUCCCCGUCUCUCUUCUUCUCAGGCCGUUUACUUUUUGUCUUCCCUUUUUUUAAUUUUUGGAAUACAUUAAAAAAAAAAGUUUGAAAAAAUGA